GUCCCCUCCCGGCCCCGCGGGUGCCCGCAGCCGUGCGUUCCCUCCGCAGGGUGAUGGAGCUGCUGCCGCCCUUCCAGCGCGUCGUGCAGCCCGAGGAGAUGUGGCUCUACCGCAACCCCUACGUGGAGGCGGAUCGCGUUCCCACAGCGCCGAUGUUCUUGAUCGCGUUCCUGUCUCCAGUGCUGCUGAUCGUCCUGGCCAGGCUGUUCCUGGGCGCUGACCAUGAGGACACGCGGGAGGCCGGCCUGGCUGCCAGCCUUGCUCUCGUCCUCAACGGGGUCUUCACCAACGCCCUGAAGCUCAUGGUGGGCAGGCCACGGCCAGACUUCUUCUAUCGCUGCUUCCCGGACGGGCAAGUGAAUGCGGAGCUGGCCUGCACGGGUGACCCCGGCGUGGUGGCUGAGGGACGCAAAAGCUUUCCCAGUGGGCACGCCUCGUUUGCCUUUGCUGGCCUCGCUUUCUGUGCCUUCUACCUGGCCGGGAAGCUGCACUGCUUUGCUCCUGGCCGGCGAGGCUCAGCGCUGCGGCUCUGCGCCUUCCUCCUCCCCCUGUUCAUCGCCACGCUCAUCGCCGUGUCCCGCACCUGUGACUACAAGCACCACUGGCAAGAUGUGCUGGUUGGCUCGGCAAUGGGCUUCGUGCUGGCGUACCUCUGCUACAGGCAGUACUACCCUCCUCUGAUGGACUCUGCGUGCCACAAACCAUUUCUGUCUAUAUCUAAGCAACUGCCAACGCACCAAGAAAAGCCUGCAACUUCCAGCUUUCACCUGGACAUUUAGUGACAGGCUGCGUCCUGCUGGCACCUUUCCUUCUGCACCUUGAGCCUCAGGGCAGGGAAGGCUGGCCAUGGCCCACAGGACGUGUCUCAGGUGGUAAGUUAUCCUGCUCAGUGGGUGUGUGGCUUCAUUUCAGUGAGUUCUGCAGGUGUCCCUUCCUUUGGACCUGCUGGGAAGCGAGCUGAGCUUCAGCACAUGAGCCUGCAGGACAGCCCGGCUUCAGAAGGUCCUGAACUGGAAAAAUGUGACGAUGUGGUGUGCCACGGCUGGGGGGUGUCCUUGGCUCUGGUCCACAACAAAGCACAGUCAGAGGUCUCCCUUCAGUGCGGCUGAGCUGCCCCAUCCCUUCCCAUGGGAAGCGUGUGUCGAAGUGAAGGGCAGGGCCUGUUUUGGUGCCAGGGCUAAGGGCAUCUCAUCAGUCGGAGCUGAACUAAUUUGGAGUAAUGAAGGCAAGGCUACAGCCUUUCACCGUGGAUUAAGCGGGGGAGACUUAGACGCAACUAGCGUGAUUGUUAUUUGUAUUAUUGUGCUGGCUCUUUUUUUUUUUCCCCUUAAUUUGGCAAAUAAAGGAAUUUGAAUUUUAAAUGAGCUGUGGUGCCAAAAACUUCCUUCAGUGGCUGGGUCUGUGAACCCUGUAAGCCAGUUCACCUUGGUAUGUCUGCACAGGUUCCUAGGCAGGUGCUUAUUUGCUGUCUUUUUCCUUGCCGCUUGAGUGUGGUUGUAAGGAGAAAUGUAAGCACGGCUUUGUGGCAGCACUGCUGUAGGUAGCCAUGGGAGAAUUCUUUGCUGUGUGUGUGCAAACUGCAAGGUGAGACCAGCAGAGCGAGAGAGGUGUGCCUCUACCUCUCUCAAGCUCAGGAAGCAACAGUAAUGAAACCACCAGCCCCGUGUCAUCAGUUUGGGCCACAUCAGCCCCGUGUGACCCUGCACCCGUAGUAGAACUUAAAGACGUUGCUUUUCUUUCCCUUCAGAUCACACAAAUGUAAAUUCUUUGACCUGCUCCUCUCCCUCUCCUCCAAACGCAUCACAGUCAUCUGUUUAUUUGUUUUGGCUUUUACUGGAAAAGACAUUAAAUAACAUUUAAAACUUA